GUUAGCCCCGAUUGUGGCGUUGUACUAUCAUUUUCGAAACCUCGGAGGCUUCUUGAUUGCGAUUCGCUGAUCUGGAAAGCAAUUCUCGAUCGCGGUACGGCCAAGGUACAUACAUCUGAUAAUUUAUUUUGUUAUUCCACCCGCUCGAGCUUUGAAUUGCGAAGCCUGCGACGUCGCAGCCUAGCAAGCAUCGAGUUGUCUACUCUGCAGCUCGCGUGGUAGAGGAUUCGCCCGCCAAAACGAGAACGACCAAACACCCCCCCUAACCCUUACGCUUCACCCUUCUCCCAGGCAUGCACAACCGCUCAAUGGCCGCUUUCGUGACCUCCAACUGAAAGAUGAGCCUGCGAAUUGCACAAAAUGAUGGCCACACCGAGCAGGCCACCACCACCGCCUUUGCGCUCCUCGACUGAGCGCCGCACGAGGCUCACCAAGUCCCCCGCGACCGACGAAGUCGAGAACAACGCGCAUCAUCACGACAACGUCACUAUCUCCACGCGUCGAGCCUCGCGCAACGCUCCACUCAUCGCACUCAGCGACGAUUCUGCCACGAGGACCGUCUCGCAGACCCCGACGAAGCCUGCCAGUCUCGCCCACGGAGCAGCAGCAGCAGCAGGCUCCAGGAAGCGGCCAGCGGCGGCACUUGGGAGCGCUGACGCGCCGCCGACUGAGACAACACCUCCCACCAAGGUCACUGUUACACACCCACACGGCCAGCUGCUGAGACUCACGAACGGCGUCCCGCAGGAAUUGGAGCUCAGGCACGACGACCUUGCUUCCGGCACGUCCACACCCAGCUCCCACAAGGCUGGCGAUGCCCUCUCCGCACCGGCGCAGUCGCAGGACAAGCGGAGUCUGAGGAGCCACGAUGGCGGACACCGUCUCAAGAGCGACCUCGCAAUUUACUUCUCCAACUAUGACGACAUAAUAGCUGGCAUUGAAAAGCCUGCAGGUGAGUCUCGACAAGGGUCGGUGAGUCCAACACGGUCAAGAAAGCCCAAACCACAAUCUCCAGUACUUCAAAAACAAUCGCAUCCCGCAUUACCUCCCUCUCAAUCCUCCACAACCUACCAAAUCCUCGACAGUGGCAGUGGAGAUAACAAUAGCAGCAAUAACAAUGCCGAGGACCCACUUGCGGAUUCGGUAUUUUUCGCGCAGCACCGUCGCGCGGAGAGAAAAGAGAAACAGCUGCGGAACAUCGAGAAGGAGCGGGCCAUGCACGAAAAGAUGCAGCUCGAGCGGCUUCUGGACGGACUCCAGGGUCCCGAUUGGCUCAAGGUCAUGGGCGUGACAGGCGUGACAGACGGCGAACGCAAGGACUGGGAACCAAAACGAGACUACUUCGUCAAGGAGGUCGAAGCCCUCGUCGACAAGUUCCGCAUAUGGAAAGAAGAGGAGAAGAGGUUACGAGCAGAAAAAGAGGCAGCCCUCGCCAGACAGGACGACGAGGACGACGAAGACGAGGACGACGAGGAAGAUGAAGACGAUGACGAUGACGGCACAUCCUCCUCCCUCAUAAACCCCCAACCCCCCAAACCCCGUCGUCCGCCCCGCCCACACGGAUACUUCUUGCCCCUCUUACCGCCCCAGCCCACCGCCCCCUUCACAUCUUUCUACUCCAAACCGCACCUCCGCGCCGCGGCCUUAGGCAAACAUCGCCACGGCCGCAACGCAAGCGCGUUCGGGCAGCCCGUGCCCGACUUCGCAGAGCUAGAGUUCGGGCUGCCGGAGGAAUACCUCACUGUCGAGGCACUGAGAGAUCACGCCCGCAAGCGCAGGCGGCAGAAGAGAGAUACAGCGCCGUCGAAGAAAUGA